AUCCCUCCGUUGCGUCUUCACUUGUGUUUCCCCUCAACUAGCUUAUUCUUAGGACCUCGCUCUCGCAUUCCACACAGACUUGCAGCUCGCGUCGCCACGUAGUAGAGCACCAAAGACACUCAAAACAUCGGCUUAACUGCUUUUUCCACACAGUCACGAGCCGCCAUGGUCGCGGAGUCGUCGACACCCACGAAGGAUCUCUCGCAAUCCUUCGGUUCUCUCGCGCUGAACAGUACUCCAUCCGUUCACGCUGUUCGAGCCGAGAGCGAGAUGCAAGGCGAUGUAGGUCGAGAGAGCGGCGACGGGUCGGGUCUGCCUGCUGAGCUGCUGUCGACCGUCUUGGGGAUGCUGCUGUCGCUCGACGACCUCGCCACCGCCGCGAGGGUUAAUCGGGCAUGGCGCAUCUCCGCGCUGUCCCCCUCGCAGCUGCGCGCCUGCGCGAUCGACGACGACCGCCCUACCGCGCCCUCCGCGCACAGCCGCGCGCUCGCGCUCACCCGCGCUGUCUCCCGCGCGCCCAUGCCCCCCAAACCGCCCCCUCCGGAGCUCUGGCUCAACCCCGCCGCGUUCUCCCCGUUCCUCCACUUCCGCACGCCGCAAAGUCCCCGCCGCCCGGCGCACACCGCCUUCAGCAACCCCGUGACAGCAUCCUCCGGCGCCGCUAAUGCGGUGGAAGUCUCCUCCUCCAGCCUCGCCAGCGGCGUGUCGUUCGGCGGCGCUGCGCCGGCGACACCAGAAGCUGCGGUCGCCUGCAGGCAGGCGGAAGGCGCGGAGGGACGCGGCUGGAACUCCGAGGAUGAGCGAGCGGCGGGCAGCGCGUACGGCGGAACGGGGGAAAGGGGGUCGUGGUCGUCGCCGCGCACGCCGUCGCCUGUGGCGAUGAGGGAAGGCGAGGUGACGACGCUCGAGGAGGAGGUCGCUGACGCCGUGAAACACGGCAGGUUCCUGGGUGACCUGGACCUGCGCUCUCCACGAAUUACGGACCGCACAUUGCAGCGGGUCCUGCGCGCCUGUCCGCGCAUGCAGUCCCUGCGCGUGCAGCACGUGUGCAUGGGCGCCACCUUCAACGGCUCCCCUCCCCCUUUCCACAGCCUCCUCUCCCCCACCUCCCCCUACCACCUCCCCGCCUCCACCUCCCCCUCCCCGUCAUCUUCCCCCCACCAGCUUCCCCUGACCACUUCUGCCUCCCCCAUCCCCCCAUUCCCCCUCACUUCCCCUCCCCCGCCCCCCUACCCGUGUGGCUGCCUGCCCCUGUCCGCCCGUGGCCUGGCGGGCAUUGGCGCGCUGUGUCCGCGGAUCAAGGCGCUCACCCUCACGCUGCAGCAUGUGGUGUUCUCGUGCGACCUGGCGGGCGUGAUGGCGUGCGUGGGCGCGCUGCCACGCCUGGAGAUGCUCGUGGUCGACCUGCACAUGCCUUUCUUCGGCCAGUCAGUGAAGCCCGAUGCCAUGUGGAGCACGCACUCCUGCUUCACGCACCAGGCCAUGGCAGCGCUGGUGUCGGCGGGGCCUGCUCCCCUCGCAGCACUGUCCCUCAGCCCCUGCGCCCUCACACCCUCCUCCUUCACCCUGCUCGCCACUGCUUUCCCCCGACUCAUGGCACUGGACCUGCAAGAGCUGCAGAGCAAACCCCUGCACCUCACCCACGCCCUGCCACUCCAGGCGCUCCAGCAUUUACAGGCGCUGGCUCUUGGCCCCACACUCAUGCCAGCCCCAGGUGGGUGGGAGCUGCCCCUAAGGGGUUUGCAGCGUUUGCGCUUGGAGAUGGAUUUCCUCCCCUCCCAGGAGUUGCUCGGUCAACUCCGCUGUAGCUGCCCAAAGCUGAAAAGCCUUCACUUGUUGUGGGGGCGAGUGCACAAAGGAGGAGUUAUGGAGGCAUACGUAUGCCCUUUAUCAUUAGAGACCAUCAGCUCCUUGUAUUCCAACAACCAGUGAUGAGAUGCUGUUCCAGUUACAACAUUAAUAAACCAAUUUCGUACAG